AUCGACCAAAUUAAAAAGAAGAGGUAUCUUUGAGGAGUUGAACAUGUUUUAAGGAUAUUUAAAAUUUUAAGUCUAAAGAAGUAUUGAUUUCUGAUAUCUGCAUAAAAAAAAAAAUAUUGUAUGAAUAACAUUGUUAAUAUAGGCUUAGGAUACUCCCGGACACUAUUUAUUGUACAAUAAUCAUGAAACCUUUAUGGGUAGUUUUAUUAAGUGUAAUAGGAGUUUUAAGUAUUGAACAUGAUUUAAAAGGUUUUGAUGACAGUAUAUUAUUUCGUAUAAAUUUCGAUCAUCCUUCGGGGGAAGGUAUAGUGGGUGGAGAAGAAAAAUUUAAAAAUAAAGAUUUUGUGAAAGUUGUAACAUCACACAAAGAAAGAUAUGAUUGUUAUUUACCAGAGCUGCAGGAGAAAGAAUCCACAGGGAUACAGGAUUAUGACGGUCCAUCGCCCAUAAACCUCAUGAAACCUUUGUUCAGUCAAAAAAUUUGUUCAUACCGAUUGGAAAGUUAUUGGAGCUAUGAAGUAUGCCAUGGACGGUACAUUCGACAAUACCACGAAGAGAGAGAAGGGAAACAGAUCAAGACACAAGAAUAUUUCCUCGGUCACUGGAGCGCGGAGAAACAGACAAAAUUGGAGGAGGAAUUAAAGGCUAAGCAGGAAAGCAAAUCAAGUCUUAAAACUACAAAGGUGGAGGGAUUGAACCUGCCUUAUAUAGAGCUGAAGAUGGACGAUGGCACAGUCUGUGAUCUCAGCGGUAAGCCCCGUCUCACAAGGGUGUUAUAUGUUUGCUUCAGUCACGGCAAACAUGAAGUAUAUUCAUUCAAAGAGAUAGCAACCUGCGAAUAUGAAAUGAUAAUAUUAUCACCGUUACUGUGUGAACAUCCUCUAUACAAACCGAAGGAUGUAGGGCAAAACGAUAUCGAUUGCAUCCCAAGAGACGGUGCUCCUAUAAGGCCGAGGAAUAUGUUAAAGAAUGAGAUUGAGAGAGUGAAAUUCCAACAUCAGACACUGAAAUUACUUAGUGAGGAUAAAGAAGCUAGGGAUGUAGUUGCUGUGUUGAAAGUUGAAAAAAUUGAUAAGGAUGGUGAAACUCAUCUGAAAUUCGAGCUGCAUCCGCUAGAAGAUCCGAUUACUGACAAGGUUCCUGUCAUAGAAGCGCCAAAGACCGUCAGAGAUGAAGCGGCAAUAAAAGCUUUCCUGAACGGAGAGACGUGUUUGAAUGGAGGUACAGGUUGGUGGAAAUACGAAUUCUGUUACGGCCGUCACGUGAUUCAGUAUCACGAACAUCGAGGAGGUGAUACUGAGAAGCUUCUGCUGGGGUCCUUCGAUGAGGCGGAACACUUGCAAUGGAUCAAGGAAAACAGGAAUAAGGCACCAAAACCUAUUGACGAGCGUACAUCCGUUUCCCAUUUCUACAGUGGCGGUGACAUCUGUCAGAAGAGCGGCAAACGGAGACAGACUGAAGUAAAGCUGAAAUGUCUCCAGAAUUCUUCGAGUCCAGCCCAAGUGUCACUGUAUCUCUUGGAACCGAGGACCUGCCACUACAUCCUUGGCGUGGAAUCGCCAUUGAUCUGCGACAUUCUGCCAAUGGCCGACGACAAUGGCCUGAUCAAAUACACCCAACCAGCCGUGGAAACGCCCAGUAAGGUUGUUAUCAAGGAAGAAGAAGAUGACGUCAUCAAACUAAAAGAGUUAAACAAAUUCGGUCUAGAUUGAUUAAUGUGAAUAUUUUUAUUUUGAAUUAUUUUAUUUGUUUUGGCUUAAUAAUUAUUUUUAUUUGUAAAUAAAAUUUAAGUGUUUAUUUUCUUUUA